GCGCUCGGCCUCCGCGGGCGGCCGCGCCGCGCCGGAUGCGCUUGCUGUGCCGAGCCGCCUGCGCCGGAUCGGGCGUGGGGGCCUGCCUGCCGCGCCGAGCCUCGGGGCAGCCGGCCACGCGCUCUCCGGCGUCCUCGGGCCGGACGCGAACGCCCAGAAGCUCCUGGAAGCGUGCAAGGCCGACGGAGUCAACGCCCAAUACAUGGAGGACGCGGGCGGCUGGAUUGCCCGCAACCUCGGCACUGGGCAGCUCCCGAAGGGCUCCAACCGUGACGACGCCUCCCUCGAAGGCGCAGGGGCCCGCCCGCCGGGCCAGGACCCGUCGACCCCAACGGGGCUGUGCGCCUGCCUCAUCAUGGACAAGGUGGAUCACGUCAAGCAGCCGCAGAACUGGGCGAUUGUCGAGAAG